AUGUCGAUUUCAUCGUUCAUCUCUUUACUCAGACCCAAGCUCUCCCUAGGGGCUGAGAUUUUCUGCGAUCCCGAAGACAUCGGUUUCCAAAAAUGUCUUGAGAGAUGGUCUAAUGUAGACGUCAAGGUACCAACAGCGAUAUUUUGUCCGUCCACCUAUCUUGACGUCGGAAUUAUCAUUGAAGUCGCAAGCGAACAUGAAAUUCCUUUUGUAGCCGUGAGCGGAGGCCACAGCCCUUGGUCAACUAUUAGUAGCCCAGGGUUCAUUCUGGACCUAAGAAUGUUGAACAAGAUCACGGUGGAUAAUGAGAACGAGAUUGUGAAAGUCGCUGGCGCAGUUCUGACGAACGAAUUGGCUGCCACGCUUUCAGAAGCCGGUCGUUGCACCACCGUUGCGAAUGGGAAUACUGUCGGUGUAAUUCCGUAUUGCCUGGGUGGCGGGAUUAGCAUUUUGACAGCAGUGGCUGGAUAUGCCUGUGACCAGAUCACGGAAGCAACAGUAGCUCUGGCAGAUGGCCGCAUCGUCCGAGCCAACGAGAAUCUUGAACCAGAUCUUUUCUGGGCAAUAAAAGGAUCUGGUUGCCAUUUUGGCAUCGUACUAGAGUUAUCACUCAAAACCUUUCCACUGUCGAUCCUGGGAUCUGAUGAUGGAUCUCACUGGGCUGGCACUUUCAUCUACACCUUGGACCGUGCUGAAGAAGUGUGCAAGGUUUUGGAGCCGAUAAUGGCAAAUGAAGAAUACAAUACGGCCGGUUCAAUCGUCCUAGCUGCUCCACCCCCAGCAUUUCAACCCAUGCUAGUUGUAGCACCUCGUUUUAUGGGGGAUCCUGAGAGAGCUCUAAGCCUCUUCCAGCCAUUGUCAGAUCUAGGACCUUCAAUGAUGUCGUCUUCCAACCCGCUGUUCUUCGAAUAUCAACAUGCAAUAGAUUAUGCUUGUGCUAAAGGAGACUUUAAGCACUUCAACCUGGUUGGCAUUUCGGACUUCAAGACUGCAAACUUCCUCCAGGUUGUGGAAGUGUACAAGGAAUUAUUGAGCACUUGCGCGGAUGCUGGACCGUCGAGUUAUUUGAUCCAAUGGCACACAUCAGUAUCAAAGCCAGUAGUAUCGGAAUCGGCAUAUAGCCACCAAGAUAUCUUUAUUUGGUUAAAUACCUUUUCUUGGUACCAUCAAGCAGAAAACCGAGACCUCGUUAUGGACUUUCAGAAUCGAGCUAUCGCGGCUAUAAGAAAAGAUCAGGAAGAAGCCAAUUACGUUGACUAUGCAAGCACCAACCGGGGUGCGCCUGUGGAACGACGUUAUGGUGGCGCUGAUAGGAUCUUAAAAUUGCGACAGCUGAAGCAGAAAUGGGAUCCGAAAGGAGUUUUUACUAGGGAGUUCUUGUGA